GUUUGCCGUGUGCGCGAUCUGAAAAGCUAUAGCUACAGAUACAUCUGUUUGCCUGGGCAUAACGAAGCGAUUUUUCAGCCCAACUUGUAGCCGUGCUAAAGGGAUGCGAACCGUAUCGUGUAUUUGUAAAGUUUUAUAGUUGCCGAACCUUGAAAAUCACAAUGUCUAGUGUUUCGAUGAUCGUCGAGCAGCAGCUUGCCAAGCUGUACUUUGUACUGCCCGCGGGUGAAAUGGCGGAUGAAAAUGCGUCCGAAGACAUGCAAAUGGCGUACACGACCGCACGCGAGCACCACGACAACGAUCAGCUGCAGGAAUGGAUCAGCGAAGGGGACUGCCUAAAGCUGAACGAGACCCAAAUGACCAAGAGGCACGUGUUUGUGUUUGAAAAGUUCUCCGGGCCGGCCUUCGAACGGCAGUCGAAGGCGCAGUCGACCGUCAUCGGACCCCGGUGUUUGAUCCGCUGUUUCAUGGGCAACGAAACGAUACCGCUCGGGAAGCACCCGGUGUUUACGACGGCCAUGCGCAACCUGAUCGUGUGCAGUUCGGGACUGAAAACGAAGGAAAAGGCCCACAUAAGCCAGCUCGUGUUUUACAUGGGUGGCUACUAUAUGGACGUGCUAAACGGGAGCUGUACCCAUCUCGUGGCAUCGACGGUCAAAUCGGUCAAGUACGAGGAGGCGGCCAAGAUCAAGCUACCGAUUCUGCACCCGGACUGGGUGCAAGAGGUAUGGGACGAAAGCCAGAAGCGCGAGGUGAACGCAACUGAUGAGCCCUUCAUGACGCGCCAUCGAUUGCCGGUGUUCUAUUCGCUUACCGUCACCUCCACCGGAUUGCCGCUGACCCGGAAGAACGAGAUCAAAUCGCUGAUCGAAGAGAACGGUGGCAACUACAUCGGGGCAUUCAAAUCGGAAAUCACCGACAUACUGAUCCUAGAGCGGUCCGGUCAGGGUACGGCCAAAUUUCAGGCGGCAGUACGCAGCAAGAAGGAAUGCCUUACGCCGGAAUGGAUCGAGGAUAGUGUGAGCGCGGGAUUCGCGCUGCCAAUUCGUGGGUACGAGGUGAAAACCAUUAAAGCCUCAACCCCCACGAAAGACGAUCCCCAUGCAGGCGCCAUCGCAACCGCCACCGCUGGAGCUUCUGCCAGCCGUGCACGCAGUUCUGACUUCAAUCCGGACUGCACGGAACUGUCGGAGAUAUCGCACGCCAACUUUUCCGGUCGCAAUCUAACGAUCAACGAGAGCGUCAUGUCGAGUGCAGGAGGGAAGGACGACAAUGUGGUGAAAUCGCAGCAAAAGGCACGUCCGGUCGCUAAUGCAUAUCGCGAGGUGUUGGUUCGCAUGACCGUGCAGCAGGCCAAAAAGGCGGGCCCCCUACUGGACGGCUGUAGCGUGUACCUGAGUGGCUUCACGGGCGACGAGAAGGAGAAGCUGAACAAAAUCCUCAAUGCUCUCGGUGCCGUACGCUACGAUGAGCAUUCGGGCGCCGUUAGCCAUGUGAUUGUCGGAGAGCAGCUCUCUUCGGAGAUGAGGCAACUGCGCGAUUCCUCGGCCCAUCUGGUGACGCUCGAUUGGCUCGCGAAAUCGAUCGAACAGAAACAGCUGGAACCGGAAGAGGGCACCGAGUACGCGUUCCGCCCGUCCGGUAAGUCCGGUAUCGUGGCACGCGUCCCGGAACCACCGUCACCUUCAAGCAAGCAAAAUCUGGAACGCCUCAACAGUGACGUCUUCAAGCGGCCCAAGAUUCCCAAAUUUCGACUGGACGAUGGUACACCAACGACCACCGCGAGUACGCAAGAUGAUGGCCCUGGCACUCCCCAGGAAUCGGUGCCACCUGCACCAGUGGCCAGCGCCGAACAGCAGUCCAUCAUGAUGCAGUAUCUGGAGGCUAACAAGGCUGAACAGCUACCACCGGCCGCCAGCCAGAAGGAUUCGAUCAUCGGCAUCCCGGUUCCCGUGGCUUCAUCGACGGCCCUAAGCAGCGGAAGCCAGUACUACGACUCGGAGCUAGAAUCGAAUGCAUGCCCGGAUUUUAUGCUGGGUCGAACACUGUUCGUCUUUGGCUUCCCGGAGGAGGACGCGGUGCGUAUCGUGUCCGAUCUGAGACAGUGCGGUGGUACGAUCGUUGAUGAGAACUACCACGAUGAGGUGGACUUUAUCGUCCUGCCGACGUCCUGCAUCGGGACGGUCGACUUUACGAUCCGUGGCAGGCAAACGGUUAACUGUAUCUGGCUUGAAACGUCCAUCCAGGAGGGACAGUGUCAACCGAUGGAGUACUACUACGAGCCGAUCAUCUACGGUGAAGACGAUCCGCGCCCCCUCGAGGGGGAAACGCUGGUGAUCAGCUCGUACUCCGGUGCGGAACGAUCGUUUCUCAUCCAGCUCGGUAGCAUACUGGGGGCCUGCGUACAGGAGCGACUCGUCCGUAAGGCGGCCCCACUAUUGCUUUGUAAAGAGGCAAACGGUGCCAAAUACAACGCGGCCAUUCAGUGGAGCCUGACCGUCGUGUCGGCCGAAUGGUUACGGGAAUGUAUCCGCCAGAAGCGAAGAGUGGCCGAGAAUCCAUUUCUCGUGGGUGAUUCGGUUGCUUCGUCGAAGAACGUACCGGAUGAUGCCGGUGGUACCGGCUGCCUACCUACCACGUCCACUGAUGAGCUGGAUCUGGAUACGAUGCGUGCAGAGAUCGUACCUCCAGAUCGGGCCGAUAUUACCACUCCAACGUUGGGCUCUCGAGCGCGCUUUCCAUCGAAAACGUCUCUGAUGAUCACAACAACCGGGGAGCGCGAUCUGGACACGUUGCGCGCAGAGGCCAUUCCCGUACCGGACCGUACCGGGUUUACCACUCCGAAUGCACGGGGCUCUCGAAUGCACGUCUCAUCGAAUGACAAUCUUGCGAUCAGUGGGGCAGGACAGUUUCAGUACAUUACGGAGAAGAAGAAGAAAGACCAAUCCGGCUUUCGGUACGCGUUCAACAGUCUCUCCACACCGGAACUGCGGAAAUUGUCGCCCGCGGAGUGGAAAGUGUACUCGAAGGAGUGUGAUCAGUACGGGGAGAUGAUCGCAGCAGCGCGUGCCAAUUGCGAUAAUUCGACCGACGCCGGCUGCCGUACCCCUGCCUUGCGGGUGGAUUCCCCGGUUACAGGAGCCGGCAGCUCCCCAUCGUGCAGCAGCGCUCAGGGAACACCGGUAAUGGCCGCCGGUGAGUACGAGGCACUGAGCGUAACGCAGCGGGUGCAAGAGUUCGAAACUCCUGUCCGGGGUGUGCUCUACCGUGCGCUGAAGGAAGCGGAAGAGGAUGACCGCAAGGUAACGCCCCGGACACGGCGUAUGCAGGAGCUGCUGGCGACACCGGCUGCCGGUGGAACGGGUUCCAAUGCCGGUCACAUCCGCACACCGACCUUACCCGAUUGCAUGACGAAACCGGUCACACCCUACGGCUAUCGGCCGGAUGCGAGCCCCGAGAAUCAUGCCUAUCACAAGCGCAAACUACAAUACUGGGACAGGUUCUACAAGGGUAAACGAGGACAGGAGGGAGGCGAAGAAGGUGCAGCGGCGACGGAAGGCGGAACACCAUCACAACAGAACCGACGCCUCAGCACACCGCUAAGUGAAUUCAAGCGACGAUUUUACCGCAACAACCUCGGGGAAGAGUACGUCAACCAAAUUGAGUCACGGUACAACACGCAGUAUCAAGGGCAGAAGGAACAGAACCCUACGAAGCAGCCGAUGGUGGAUAAUCCGGAGGAUGAAAUAGCGGCGACACAGGCUUCACCACGACCGAAAGCAGCCACUGCUGUUCCAGUACAAUCUCGCAACGUUGGUCAGGAACAAGAAUCGUCGGUGUCGGUACCGGUGUCUGAUAGGCAAGAGACGCCUAAAGGUGCCAAUGUGAGUGCGGAAAAGCGGUCCAGAAGGGCAAUGGAGCAGGAGGAGGAGGAGGAGGAGGAGGAGCAGGAGGAGAACCAGCAACCGGUGGUUGUGGCUGAGGUGGAUGAGAACGUGCGCAAGUUUUGCGAUUUCAUCUCGGCCACCCGCGAUUCGGCCAAAAAGAAGCCCAAAUACCAUGCAGAUACUGAGGAAGCGGCAGGUGUACCGGUGUACACCGAGGUAGAGACCUACGAUUCCGAACUUCCGGGUGUUGGUGGUGUCGUUUGGCGUGAUCGUGGCUCCGAGAAUGUUCCGCCCGUGGAGGAAGAAGUACCUUCGUCGCACGCGGCUGAAACCAGUCGCGAGGAUAGCAACGACUCUCGACGCGAAAGUGUCAUGUCAGCACACGAUGCACCGAAACGUAUGGUGUACCGCGGAACACCGUUGUUUGCCAUUUCCGGAGUGUCCGACGAAAUGCGGGUACAGCUGGUGCAGCACAUCCAACAGUUGAAUGGCCAAGUGGCCGAUAUGACUCGCUACGAUCCGUCCUGUACGCACGUGAUCAGCAACCGACCGAAUCGGGGCGAGAAGACACUGUCCGCCAUCGCGGCCGGCAAGUGGGUACUGUCUACGAAAUACAUCGAGGAUAGCUUGCAGGCCGGGUUCUUUUUGGAUGAGGAAUCCUACGAAUGGGGCAAUCCGAAGGCGGUUGCCAACCUAACACAGCUCGACUUGGCCAGUGACAAGGAAACCGCGACGGCAUCGUACACCUGGCGCAAACGGAUUGCCACCGAUGGUGGAAAGCGUGAUGGUGCAUUUACCGGAUUCCGUGUGCUGUUGGUGCCUGCGGGUAAGGCUACGCUGGUGCGGUUGCUGCAAUCGGGCGGAGGUCACGUGCUGGACUGCGAGCCUCCGUUCAUCGACUCGGAAGAGGCAAUGACGGCCACGCAUUGUUUCGUCGAUCGCAAAGCGACUCUGUCGAACGAAGAUCAGCAGGUGCUGGGUGAGGCCGGCGUUUCCGUGCUCUCCAUCAUGUAUCUGAAUGCGUACCUAACGUCCACAAAGCUCCCCGCCGAGAACGAGUUCCGCCUGUCCGCAUAAGUCAUGUUCUGCCUCUUAUAAAAGAAAACGAUAUUAUUAAGGAAUCGUUAUCGUCAUUACAAUUCCAAGUGCCAAGCUCUCAAAAUAAAUCCAAUCAAAUUUAUGGUGCCU